AUGUACAGCUUCAUGGGCGGCGGGCUAUUCUGUGCAGGCGUGGGGAAUAUACUCCUGAUUGUUUCCACAGCAACAGAUUACUGGAUGCAGUACCGACACUCAAACAACUACAUGCAUCAGGGCUUGUGGCGGUACUGUAUGCCUGGAAAAUGCUUCCCACACGCAGACAGCAUUGCCUACUGGGACGCCACCCGGGCAUUCAUGAUCCUGUCCCUCCUGGCCUGCUUCUUCGGCAUCAUCAUUGGCAUCAUGGCCUUCAUCCAUUACUCCUCGUUCGACCGCUUCGAUAAGACCUUUGCUGCAGGCAUACUGUUCUUCAUCUCAUGCUUUUUUGUAAUGCUUGCGAUGGCUGUUUACACCGGCGUAACAAUAAAUUACUAUGGUAAACGAUACGGAAGCUGGAGGUUCUCCUGGUCGUACAUCAUUGGCUGGGUGGCUGUGGUGCUCACGUUCUUUUCAGGAAUAUUCUACAUGUGUGCCUAUCGGAUGCAUGAAUGCCCGAGGAGCUCCAAUCCUCAUUAG